AGGAUUUUGAAGUGUGAUCAUCAUUUUGACAUGGCAAUACAUCCAUAUCAGUGCUACUUUACUCUCACUCACUUACCUUUCCACCUAUAUACAAUACUACUUUACUCUCACUCACUUACCAAGACUGACUUUUGAUUUUCUUAUGGUCUCUGUGCUUAUGCUAACACAAAAGUCAUUCACAACUUCAAUUUCCUAUCAUGACUUCUUCAUUGUUUCUCAAUCUCACUUUCAAAUGCCUUCAUCAUUUCGCAUGGCCUUUUCUUGCUCUGCUGUAUCCUAUGUGUGCUUCCGUACAAGCAAUUGAGACUGAUUCCUAUGAACAAACUAAGCAUUUGAUCUCAUAUUGGAUACUUCUUUCAUUAAUUUACCUCUUUGAAUAUGCUUUAAUCAGCCUUAUUCCAUGGUUUCAGCCCUGGCUGUACAUUAAGCUAAUGAUAAUUUUCUGGCUCACUAUACCGGACUUUGGACGAGCUUCUUAUGUUUACAAUAACCUUAUUCGCUCCAUGAAACCCAAAAUAGACACAUGGAGGAAGUGUUUUGUUGAGGAAGAUAACUUUUUAAUGCAUGUAGAGAGAUAUAUGAAAGAGAAUGGAACUGAGGCCUUAGAGAAACUCAUUGCUAGCAAGAACACAAUGCUUAGGCCUGAUGCCGAAGUGAUCACAAAUGAAUUCAUAGCUACUGGUAAUAAUGAAAUGCUAAAGAAGCAUCUUGUGCAGACAAAUGGCGAAAGACUCACAACUGAACACAAAGUCAUCAAAGAUUUCGAGACUAUUGAGCAAAAAGAAAUUCCUGCAACAACGCUAAACACAAUGCAUAGGCCUGAUGCAGAGGUGACAAAUGAAAUCAUAGAUAAUGAUAAUAAAGAAAUGCUAAAGACGAAUGGAGACAGGCUCCAAUCAGAGAACAAAGACAUCAAAGAUUUGGUGGCUAUUGAGAAAAAAGAAAUUCCUGCAACCAAACAAAGAACCUAUGCUGAUAUAGUAGCGAGUCAAACGACAUCAUCAACCAUAGUAGAAACCAAAGAAAUAGCUGGGAGAGACACAGCUGGUGGAGAGCAUCCUCAGAGUUCUUCUACACUGAAGGAAGUGCAGAGAGAGUGGACUUGUGCUUUAUGUUUGGUAACAUCUUCGAGCGAGAAAGACUUGAAUUCCCACCUUAAUGGGAGGAGACACAGGAAGGCUUGUGAAGCCGCGGGCUUGAAAGUAGCAAAGAAACUACCUGCUACGCAGAAGAACGUCCUGCCAGAACCUUUUAGGAUGAUUAAUUCCAAAUUAAUAUGUAAAGUUUGUAAUGUUAUGCUUCCAAGUGAGGAGUACAUGGCCUCUCACAUAAAAGGGUGGAAGCACUUGUCUAAUAUGAAAAGUUGAUACCAUAUAGACAUUGCUUGCUUGAAAGUUGAAAAGCAAAAAGGUGUGGCAAGCCUUCUAAACUGUAUUAGCUGUACCAAAACAUUGCUGAUUCUAAAAUGGAAAAUGCUUAGAUUCUUUCCA